AUGACACCGCUCCAGCUGGUGCCCGUCUGGGUGCUGUUCGCGGUGUACCUGGUGCCACGCGGUCUCGCCGCUGACUACUACUGCAAUCCACGGUUCUGCCCGUCUGGUGACGCGCACAUCGGGUGUUACGCGCAGCUACCUUUCGGCGGUUCCUGUCUGGGUCUACAACCGCAGGUGAUCGAGAUGACGACCGCACGGAAAUCGCAGAUCCUCGAGCAGCACAACCGUCAGCGUCAACGGCUAGCUAUUGGAGCUCUGCCAGGGUACGCCACAGCCUACAGGAUGCCCCAGCUGUACUGGGACGAUGAGCUGCAGUACCUGGCGGAGGCGAACGCACGUUCCUGUGUGUAUGGGCACGAUCGGUGCCGGAACACUGUCGCUUACCCGCGGGCUGGUCAGAACAUCGCCAUCAUCCGGCACUUUGGGCUGAACGUGACACAGGAGCAGGUGUACAGGUUCAUCAUCGAUCACUGGUACAAUGAGUAUCCGCUUGCGGGCAGCUUUGUCGAUGCGUAUCCCACGGACUACGUUGGGCCAGAUUUUGCGCACUUUACGCAGAUCAUCAAUGAUCGCGCGGUUCGGAUGGCGUGUGGGAUGACGACCUGGCGGACCUGGAAGUAUGGGUACGUCUGGACGAAUGACUACCUGGUGUGCAACUACGCGUACUCCAACGUUCUCGGGGAGCAAACCUACACGAAAGGGCCAACGGCAGGUGGUUGCCCGAAUAGCAGAAGUCCCAACUACCCUGGGCUAUGUUUGUGA